AUGGGGCCAGGCGCUUGUCAACUGGUCUCAGGGCAUUUCUGCAGCGUACAAGCUUCAGCCGGGCUGUGUCUGGACCGAUCCUGGUCCAAUGCGUGGAGUUCCCGAGCCGCAAGGUUAAGGCGAUGGAUCGUUCCCCCGGAUGGUUUGUCGCAGACGGAACCUCGCGGGACGGAUACUGAAUCAUGCAUCCUUGCUCGUCCUUGGAAUCUUACUCGUGCAUCGAGACAGGCCUGUAGGCUGUCAGGCAUUCAGGCUGCCAGGGCCACGUACGGAAACGAUACAACAAAUGAAAUCAAAAACGAUUCCAUACAAGAAAAGGCGACGGUUGUCUACCACAGAAACGAUAAGAUUGCAGACCAAACGAACGGGACGAUCCUGACCCGUGAAGAAUGCUGA